AUGGCAUCCUCCUCACAGUUUUUCCUCUGCCUCGCCGUCGUUCUUGCUGGGACGGCGGCGAUCGCUCAGGGUGAGCACUCGCAGUGCCAGGACAACCCACCGGACAUCUCUCUGCGUGGCGGCGAGGCCGGUGUGGUCGUCGACGACCUCCCGGGAGGCUUCAGGGCCUACGUCACCGGUGCUGCAAGCUCAAGCCGCACCAUCGUCCUCGCCUCUGAUGUUUUUGGGUUCGAAGCACCUUUACUCAGAUGCAAACAAGAACUGAGGGCCCCAUCCAUCUUACAGGUUAAAGCUGCAAAAGAUGCCAAGCCACUCUUUGCUGCUUUAAAAAAGGAAGGAAAGUCCAUUGGGGUUGGAGGUUACUGCUGGGGAGGAAAGUUCAGUGUGGAGAUGGCGAAAACCAAUGACGUUGAAGUAGCUUCCAUGUCUCAUCCUUAUAGUGUGGCAGCUGAUGAUAUGAAAGAGGUCAAACACCCAAUUAAGAUCCUUGGAGCUCAAAAUGACUCAAACACACCGCCCAAAUUAGUGUACCAGUUUGUCAAUGUAUUGCGCAAAAGAGCAGAGGUGAGUACCUACUGA